AAUAGUUCGUUUAAUAUUCUGGAGUAGCGCUAAAUAACUCAGAAUAUGGGUGCGAUGAAAAUGCGAAACCUCCACCCAAGAGGCAUCAUGGCGUCGGCAUCUGCGAAUUUUACUUAAUUGGCACUAAAAAACAGUCGCACUUGCGCCCAUUCCACGGAUAAUACCCACUAAUCGUAGCAAAUCGUUAAGUGAAAGACUGAUCUCAAAUAAACUUUCGCUGGAUCAUCAGGAGGUGUUCUAUCCUUCGGCGGGAUGGAGGAAAACGGUUCGUCUGCGGCUGGCGCGUCUACCGCGGCGGCCCCUCCUUCAUCAUCCACCACAACAACCUCCGAGUGUUCUUCAGCGAGUAAUAAUGACGGCGCAGACACGCAGCGAGGCGUCGGCGACGGCAGCACCGACGACGACUACAACUCCUCGCACGCGACGACAGACAAGACAAUGACAAACAAGGACAUCGGUGACCUCAUCACCACGGCAACCGUCGCCGCGACGACCGUCGCCGCGACGACCGUCGCCGGGGCAACCAUCUCCACGGCGACCGUCGCCGUGGACGCGCGAACCCUGAACAUCACCGAGAGUGAGAGAGAGAGUGAACCAGAUUCCGAGAGUAAAGUAUCGAAUUCUGCUGCCGCCUCCGCCGUGUCUCCGACUGAUGGUGGCGCCACCGCGAAAUCAGCGAGCGUCGACUCCGGGAUGGGAGCGAGCGCGAGCACCGCUAGCAGCACUCCCUCUGGUGGCGGCGGGGGGAGCGGGGGACCAUCGCCGCAUCGCGUGAAGUGGAUUGCGUGGGGCGGGGCGCGUGCGCCCGUCGUGACGCAGAACGAGAACGGUCCGUGUCCGCUCAUAGCCGUCAUGAACGUGCUCGCGCUCAAGUCACGCGUCAAGUUGCCGCCGGCGACCGUCGCCGUGACGACCGCCGAGCUGAUGCAGCACGUCGGCAACUGCAUCCUCGAGCAGGUGCCCAAGAACAUUUCAGAAGGAGCGCAGCUAAACUACGAACAGAACAUGCACGAUGCGAUCGCUGUUCUACCCAAGCUUCAGACGGGUCUUGAUGUUAACGUCAAGUUCACCGGCGUGCGAGAUUUCGAGUACACGCCUGAGUGCAUCAUCUUUGACCUGCUGGACAUCCCGCUCUACCACGGCUGGCUCGUUGACCCUCAGUCCCCCGACACCCUCUCAGCCGUCGGAACGCACAGCUACAACCAGCUAGUCGAGAAAAUCAUACGGAGCAAGCCGUCCGGGCACGCAGAGGAGGUGACAGAAGGACUACUGGCAGAGCAGUUCCUAGAGCGAUCCGCAUCUCAGUUGACGUACCACGGACUCUGUGAACUCAUUGUCGCUCUCAAGGAAGAGGAGCUGGCCGUAUUCUUCAGGAACAACCACUUCAGUACACUCUACAAGCACAAGGAUGAGCUCUUCCUCCUCGUUACGGAUCAGGGCUUCCUCGGCGAGGCGAACGUCGUCUGGGAAACGCUGUCUAACGUCGAGGGCGACGGCCAUUUUGUCGACGCACAGCUGCUCACUUGUCCUGCGGCGGCGACGACGACGUUUGCGUCGCAGCCCGCCGUCGUGGACGAAGCGCAGCAGGUUGAUCAGGACUACUUGGUGGCGCUAUCGUUGCAGGAAGAACAGAACGUGGCAGGGCGGAAGAUAGCGGAGUGGGAAGAGUACAAGGCCAACCUAGGACUACAGCCAGAGAUCUCAGACCGGGAACUCGCUCGUCGACUCCAGGAGGAGGAGAACGCCAUGGCAACGGCUGCUGCGGCUGCGGCGCAGGCAGGAGACACAGCAAGCUCCCAGCAACAGCAGCAACAGCAG